AUGGCGUCGCUGGAGGCGGUCGAAGGCAGCGCCGCUGCGCAGGGGAAUGACGAGUGCGACAUUGAAGACUUUCUUACAGACGAUGACGAGGAUGACGUCGUCACCUUCCCGACCGAGGGCAUUCUCGACAUUCUGUUUGAUGGUGCUGGCGGCGGCGAGAGAGUGCAUGGCGGGUCCAUAGCAGGCCGCGCGCGCAACCAAGAUCGCGAUUACGACGCUGCCGUGGCGCGUAUCAAGAUCCUCUACUUCGGACUGAAUCGCAGUCCUCCACAAGUCAACGAGAAUACUUUUUCGAAAAGGUUUGGAAUCCACCGCGAGGGCUUUGACAAAAUCUACAGCGCGCUUGCGACAAGACCAGAGUUUGUCCAGAAGACUGACGCUGUUGGAAAGAGAGGAAUCCAUCCUCUUCAGCGUAUCACCGGAGCCUUGCGAGUGUUGCGAUAUGGUGUGGCAUACGAUGCUGUUGAUGAAAUCGUCGCAGUGUCGGAAUCGGUGAUGGCUCAGACCGUGAAGUCAUUCUGCAAAGCUAUAGUGCAAGAAUUUGGGGCGGAGUAUCUACGCGAACCUAAUGAAGAUGACCUAAUGCGCAUACUUGCAGUAAUUGAGUCGCGCGGGUUUCCUGGGUGCGAAUCCCCCCUGCGCAUACCCUACACCAUCCACGGUACAGCACGUACCUUGCCCUACAACUUGGCAGAUGGAAUAUAUCCGCCGUGGGCAAUCUUUGUGAAGACUGCAAAGGGCUCAAACGAGCGCAAGGCGAAAUGCUUUUCGGCUCAUCAGGAGGCGGUCAGGAAGGAUGUUGAGCGUGCUUUCGGGGUACUCCUCUCGCAGUAUCACAUGCUACGACGUCCGUGUCGUAUGUGGGACAAGAACGAUGCAAUGGACGUACUGCGCGCCUGUGUAGUACUACACAACAUGUAUUGCGAGGCGCGACGUGACAACUACAAUGUCCCUCUGUACGCGCGCGCUACAUCUAGUGAGCCAUUCAUCAGCGCAGUUCAAUUCGCUCCUGACGCCGACGUCGACUUCCGCUGGGAAAACUCGGCGUCCGUCAGCAAUUUAGCUCCUGCCGGAACAUGGGCCGCGCUUGCUGCAGCUCGACGUGCAGAAUCAGAAUCAGAGGUCGCGCACUUCGAGCUGCGUUACGAUCUAGAGCAACAUCUUUGGCGUUGGAAAGACGCGGUGAGGCUGGCGCUUGGGGCACACGAGCGGGAUAAAACGUAUGACGGUGGAAGGAAUUCAGUUGCCGGUCGCCGCAGUGCGCUGUGUAGAGUUUUGCAGUGA